AUGCUGUCAUAUAUGAAUGUUGCGCCGGGAGAAGUGAUACUGUCGUGGACCUUCCCGGAAUAUCUACGUCAUCUGGUUACAGGCUCGCUUCUCCUCUACACUCAUCAUAAAGAGGCUCCCAUUGAUCAGUGGAAGCGUGUCGAUAUCGACGGGACUGCAGUGAAGAGCUACCAUUUGCGACAACUGCACAUGGGCGAGACGUACUACGUCCAAAUCGCUCCAAAGCUACACGACGGCCGUUACGCUACACAGUACGCCGAGAAUCUGGAGAUGGUCGUUGAUGCCGUGGUGAUGCGCCGCGGAAACGAGCAACCGAGAGACCCGCUUGAUCUCAGCAACCCUGCACUUCCGCCUCGCCGAAGAGCACGACAUUUU